GGAGAGAAAAAGGAGAGAAGAAGGAACUCCUUCAGUUGGAGAAGUGAAGCAGCUAUAGAAGAGGAAGAGAACCAGCAGGAAACCAUUUGAGCUUCAACAUGAUCUGUCACAUUUUAUUCUGCUUCUUUUUCCUCUCUUUCCAGGUCAGGAACAGCAGUUCUGUUGAUGAAAUGAAUCAUUUCCAUCGAGUAGCUGGAGGAAACCUGAGCAUUAUAUGCUACGGUCUAUCAUCAGGAACAUGGAGGAUUUUCUGCAGAGAAAACUGUGAAGGAGAAAACGUUCUUGUUAACACAAAAAGUCAAAAAGCCAUAAAUGGAAGAAGCAGCGCUGAAUAUUUUGAAAGAGCUCAGGAGAAGUCUUUUAAUUUGUCUGUGGCCGUCUCCAAUCUGACCCAGUUUGACUCAGGAUUGUACAGAUGUGGUCUGGGUGACAAUACUGCUACAUUCACAAAAUUCAAAGUCGUUGUUGCAGAAGCUCAGUUGGAUGGAAACAGUGACCAUCACUUCUAUAAAGAACCUGGCAGCUGGCUCACAGUCGCCUGUUCCUUCAGCUUCUCUGGAACAAAGAAGUAUUUCUGCAGAGGCGACUGUGGAGAAGAUGUUCUGCUUUACACAGACGGCGUCAGAGCUCAGAGUGGCAGAUACAGCAUUGGACAUGACAAAUCCGCAAAAUCAAACGUUUUUUAUGUGACCAUAAAAAAUCUGACCCGGUCUGACUCAGGACAAUAUAGAUGUCUUUCAUAUUUAAACUCUGGAACAAUCUCACACGUGGAUUUUCACAUCAACGUCUCAGAUGUCACGUCUGGAACCACAUAUCAGUCACGUCUCUAUCAGAAUAAUGGAGCAACAUCAGGAGGAACAUCAGUAAAAACUUUUCCACCGUGGGAUCUUCCUCUGAUUGUGAUUGUUGUGGCUCUGGCAGUCACAGUCAUCCUGUUAUCAGCAGCUCUUCUAGUUUCCUGCAGGAGGAGAUCUCUGCAAGGUUUGGGGAUUGCAGACAGCUUCAGCGACAAACAAAUGGAGAGUGUGGUCUUUGAGCAGAGCACCUCUGGAGACCUGAUUUACCAGAACAUAAAACCUGACAGCAAGAACCAGAAGUAGAACAUCUUAAACAAUUGUAAAAUGGUUUAAUAGUUUUGCUCCUCUCAAGGCUGCAGUUCUCCCUGUUGCUGGUGAACCUUUUUCUACCACACUUCUUCCUUCCACUCAACUUUCUAUGAUUUAUGCUUGGAUACAGCUCUCUGUCAACAACCAGCUUCUUCAGCAAUGACCUUCUGGGGCUUACUCUCCUUCUGGAGGGUGUCCAUCAUUGUCUUCUGGACAUCUGUCCACUCUUCGCCAUGGUUGUGUCACCUAUGACCCAGACUGAGACCGUUUAGAGGCUCAGGAAACCUUUGCAGGUGUUUGAGUUAAUUAGCUGAUUAGGGUGCAACACCAGGAGUUUUGAAUUUCUCAUUUUAAGAAUCUGUAAGCCAUACAAAAAAUAAAAGAAAUAAAUAUUUCA